GGGGCGGAGGGUAAAAACACUGUGCAUGCGCAGUCAGCUCAGAUUCUUACUGCCGGACACCAUUUGAACGUUAGACCCAAGUCUCUUUGCGUGUCACUGACUUUCACAGCAGUAUUUAUCUCGGGUGUCUUUUAUGAAUAAUCCAAAGCAGCAGAAGCCAACGCUAACUGGCCAGCGUUUUAAAACUAGGAAAAGAGAUGAAAAAGAGAAGUUUGAGCCUACUCAGUUCCAAGAUUCUAUUAUCCAAGGUUUGAAUGAAAAUGGCAGUGAUUUGGAAGCUGUAGCAAAGUUUCUUGAUGCUUCUGGAGCAAAGCUCGACUAUCGCCGCUAUGCUGAAACUUUAUUUGAUAUCCUGGUGGCCGGUGGGAUGCUGGCUCCAGGUGGUACCCUUGCUGAUAACGUGACCCGUACAGAUGUCUGUGUGUUUGCUGCUCAAGAAAAUCUAGAGACCAUACGUGCAUAUGCUCAGGUGUUUAAUAAGCUGAUCAGGCGUUACAAAUACCUGGAGAGAGGAUUCGAAGAGGAAAUAAAAAAGCUGCUGUUGUUCCUGAAGGGUUUUACAGAAUCUGAACGAACCAAGCUAGCCAUGUUGACUGGGAUUUUGUUAGGCAAUGGAACAUUAUCAUCUUCUAUUCUGAGCAGCCUCUUCAAUGAGAACUUGGUCAAGGAAGGUGUUUCAGCAGCAUUUGCUGUAAAACUAUUCAAAUCUUGGAUAUCUGAGAAGGACAUCAACGCUGUUGCUGGGAGCCUUCGAAAGGUCAAUAUGGACAAUAGAUUACUGGAAUUGUUCCCAGCUAAUAAACAGAGUUAUGAUCACUUUGUCAAGUACUUCACUGAUGCAGGGUUGAAGGAACUUGCGGACUUUGUCCGUAACCAGCAAUCUCUUGGUGCACGGAAGGAGCUGCAGAAGGAGCUCCAAGAUCAAAUGGCCCGUGGUGAUCCCCUCAAAGAGAUCAUCACAUAUGCCAAAGAAGAGAUGAAGAAAAACAGCAUCUCCGAGCAGACAAUGAUAAGCAUUGUCUGGAGCUGUGUAAUGGGUGCAGUGGAAUGGAACAAGAAGGAGGAAUUGCUAACAGAACAAGCCAUUAAGCACUUAAAGCAAUACAGCCCUCUCCUUGCUGCCUUCACCACCCAAGGUCAGUCUGAGCUGACUUUGCUGCUGAAGAUUCAGGAAUACUGUUACGACAAUAUUCAGUUCAUGAAGGCCUUUCAGAAAAUUGUGGUGCUUUUCUACAAAGCUGAUGUUCUGAGUGAAGAAGCCAUCUUGAAAUGGUACAGAGAGCCUAAUAUGGCGAAAGGGAGGAGCAUCUUCCUGGAGCAGAUGAAGAAAUUUGUCGAGUGGCUCAAGAAUGCUGAAGAAGAAUCUGAGUCUGAAAGUGAAGAGGACUGAAAUUGGAAGAAUGUCAAUUGAAAUCAUGUUCUGUAUUUUUAAUAAACCACAGGGGUUGUAGAAUUGAAUUUCAGAGUUCAGAAAUUGUCUUGAUUUGGCAUUCUACCUCCUGUAUUUUCUACUGUAAUAUCUAGAUGUAAAUUAAGGGCUUUACAGUGAUCGCACUGGUUUGUUUUAAUUCAGUUUUCUAUAUAAUAAAGUUAUUGCAGACAUCUUCUGACUUCAAAUUACCGGCUAUGAAAGUCAGUUGCAGUUACUUUUGACCGGUUUUUUUUUUUUGCUUGUUCAUAUUGAUGAAGCUUUAUAUUUUUCUGGGGGAGGUUCUCAUUUUCAGAUUUAAUGGUGAAUCAAUGUUUUCUUGAUCAGUCUUGGUUGUAUCAGAGGACACAAGUUGUACUCUAACCUUCAGAUAAGCCUUGGAGAACUCAGUACUUAGAACCAAGUGGCAGCAUCUUGUGGGCCUGAUAGUUGAGAUUUAAAUUAAGGAUGUUAUGCCACCACUGGAUUAUUCUAUACAUGAAGUACAACUUGUUCAAUCUGUUUGAAAGUUACCAAGAAUUUACAGGAGGAUGAAGUCCAGAAAAUAAGACCAUUUUAUUAUAACAUCCCUUUCUUUGGCUACACAUUGUAUUCUGUCCAAAUCUAAAUUGAGUGCUCGUUCAGUCCCAACUAAAGCAGUAGUGUUGUGACUUAAUGGUUUCUUGCAUUGUGAAUGGAGAAUUUCAAGUGCAUCUUAUUUUGUGUAGUCAUACAAUCCCUUUGCCAGUAUACAGAGUGGUUUUAAUUCAAGUUGGUUCCUUUGUUGUUCAGUGUACUCUUGACAAAUCUGUUAACCCAAGAAGCACAGUCCAUCAAUCUACAAAUGUGCGCAAUGACUGCAGGUUAUUAGAUAAAUGGUUUUGAAUCUUUUGCUUUCAUGAGAUACUCAUGUGAAUACACUUACUUUUUAACCCAUUUUUGUAAUGCACAGAACCCACCUGAAGUGCAUUUCUUUCGGUGGUCAUUACGUACAAAUUAAAUGAAGCCAGUCGGAGGGAUACAAGAUGUUUUCUCAAAUCAUGGUUGGAAAACCCUUCACAUGGUUAAUAAGUGUUAAAUGGUGGAGAAUCCUUCCCAUUACAGUAAAAGAAUUGUUAACUUUGGUUAUAUAUGUACCAAAAAUUAAACUACUUUUUAUCAACCAA